AUGUCCACCCGCGGCCGCGCCACCCGCCCAAAGAAACUCAACUCCAAGCAAAAUGUCCAGAUUUUUCGCGAGGAUCAGGUUGAUCCUCCUUCCGACUACGAGACCCAGCGUGCUGCCAUAGAAACUGGGGUUGAGAAAGCCGAAGAAUCAGAAUACCAUCUUCAACAGGCCAUCAAGGCAUCCGAGAUUGCCAAAGCAGAUGCAAAAAUCAAAGAUGCUUACAUUCCCACUCCACCUACUAUCGCCAGUGAUGUCCAGUAUGACGUCCUCUACCCAAAAGGGUUUCAACAGCCCGCCACCUAUAUCCGCUCCUCCGCCACAGUCGAAGACUGUGCAGGAGUCGCGUAUUGCAUGGACGAAGACGAUGAGCUCGCUUUGAAGUUGAUCAACGGAAAAUUGCCUGCUGGACAGGAACCGUGCAGCGAGGAUCAAUUUGAAGUCGUCAUGAAUUUUUUGGAGGAGACCGCCCAGGCAAAACAACCUUUUGCUGCCGUCGAUAGUCCCCCCGUCUUACCUUUAGAAGAACUCGUGGAACAGGUCGAUGACACCACCCCUCCUUUUGUCCGCAGCCUCUCCAGGUUCAUAUAUGAAUAUUGGAAAACACGGCGGACCGCAACUGCUAAUCGCCCAUUGGCUCCUCGCCUUAAAUUCGAGACUGGGCAGGAAUCCGACGACAGCGAUCCAUAUGUAUGUUUUAGACGACGCGAGUUGCGCCAGAUCCGAAAGACCAGGAAUCGUGAUGCACAGAGCGCCGAGAAGCUGCGGAAACUCCGUAUGGAGCUAGAGACUGCGAGAAGCAUGCUUCUGAUGGUGAAGAGAAGAGAACAGCUUCGCAAGGAAACCCUCGAGAUCGAUAGACUGGUCUUCGAGCAGCGGCAAUCUCUCCGCGACACAAAGAGAAAAUUGGGCAUGAAGGGCGACGACGACCUUCUCAUCAACCAAAAGGUAAAGCAACCCUUUCCCAGAAGAGUAGACUCGAACUCACCUCUUUCUCAGAAGCAGAAGGUGCCACCAGGCAUGACACCCAACCAAGCCGCUCUCGCUCAGCAACUCAGGAUGCCCAUGGCUCCUGGACCAGGUCGCGAACUGCUUACGCUGGAAGAUGUUACCGCGGCUCGAGAACGUGAAAUCCAAAGGGAGAUCCAAAUAAAUGUCGAGAAACACAUCAGAUGGAACGAGGGGUUUGUCGACAAGACCAUGGCACCACUUACCCCUGAUCUUGAAGAUGACUAUCCUUCGCCCAGUGAACAUUUCCGUGAGGCGAUGGCUGCGACUGAAUACCUGCCAACACCGCCAGCUAGUAUCUCGGAUGAAGAGUCGCAGGAAUUGCCAAAUGGAACUGACGUGGUGAUGAAAGAUGUAUCUCGACCAUCGACACCGUUUCGGUAUGCCAGUCCAGCGGAUGAAGAAUCCGUCGGACAUAUGCCUUCCUUCAGACGGAGAAUAGGUCGUGGUGGGCGUAUCAUAAUUGAUCGAAGGCUCCCUCGGAUGCGGCGAGAUUCCUCAACUGAUGAUUGGUCGAAAGAUGAUCCGUUUAAAUUCGACUCGGACGACGAAGACUUCCCUGACGCUGAUCCCACUUUGCCCGACUUAACCUUUGCUCGCAUGUCCCAGCGGGCGUAUCUCAUCGGUGGCAGCCGACCGGCAGAUGCGCAACUGAUAGCAGCGAGGAGAUCACAGUUCGAUGCCGCCGGCCCAAGUCACUCUUCUUCAGCAGGGCAGCACGCACAACCAACACCUGCACCUUCUUGA